AUGCCUCCUAAAAAAGCCGAAAAAGUCCCACAAUUAAAAGGAGCUGAGGCUGAAGACCUAAUUGAAAAUUAUCUUGUGGAACAAUAUAGGCCAUUUGCUGUGAAUGAUAUCGUUCAAAACCUACAUAAUAAGGUUUCAAAAACAAACGCCACUAAGGCACUUGACGCUUUGGUCGCCCAGGACAGGAUUAUUUGUAAGUUAUUUGGUAAAGCAGCCAUUUAUGUAUGCAAAGAACAACCGUUGGUUAUUCCGGAUGGUGUUGAAGAAAAGGAUAUUACUAUCGAAGCUGUUAACCAAUUACGGGAAGAAUGUGGUGCAUUGAAUAAUGAUGUUAAUGAAUGGCAGGGGCAACUUAACCAAUGUAUUAAGGACCCCAGCAAUAAAGAACUUUUGGAACUCAUUGCCCACCGAAAGCAAGAAAUCCAGGAAACUAAAGAAAAGCUUGAUAAGUUGGAGAAAGAAUCUAAACCAGAAAAUACGGAAAUGGGUAUGAUACUGAUGAAACAUGACAAGGUUAUUGACAAGGCCAUCAAGCAACGAAGAAGAAUUAUGUUCGAAGCCGUAUCUUUGGUGUCUAUGGCCCAGGGCCUAUCUAAUCAAAAGGCUAAAGAUGAAUAUUUGGUAUGUGUAGUUGGACAUUUUCAUCUUUUUUGUUUACAAAGGGUUUACUAA